AUGGACGUCAAGGCCUUGUAUGCAACAGCAGCCGGCGAUGCAGCAGCCAGACCAUUCUCUGACAUGCAAGGUCAACUGGACGACAAUUUGUUGAAGGGUCUCAACCAACUGGGAUUCCAAUACAUGUCGCCUGUCCAACAGAAGGUCCUAACAGAGCUACCAUCACGUACGGCGGAUUGCAUAGUACAGGCCAAGACCGGUACCGGCAAGACCGUCGCAUUCUUACUGCCUGCUAUCCAGAAUCUCCUGGCCGGUAACAUGCCGCGACGAGGCAAUGUCGGAAUUCUCGUUAUCUGUCCCACCCGAGAAUUGGCGCAACAAAUUGCGAAAGAGGCGGAAGGGGUCACGGCGUGUCUGCCCCGAAAAUUGGAGUGUCACACUGCGUUUGGCGGAACAAGCCGUCCUGCUCAUCUGAAGAGAUUCCUCAACGGAGACCCGACCAUUUUGGUUGCAACACCUGGGCGAUUGGACGACAUCCUGAACGAGGAAGAGGUACGCAUAAAGAUGACUGGCCUCCAGACUGUCAUUCUAGAUGAAGCCGAUCGUAUGCUUGACCAGGGUUUCGCGCCUACAGUUAAGCGUGUCCUCACUCGCCUUCCUCCCAAGAACACCGGCUGGCAGGGCAUGUGCUUUUCGGCUACCAUGACCAAAGAUGUGAUGGACGUUGCCAAGUGCGUUCUCAAGCCUGGCUUUACCAUGCUUUCUACCGUGGAUCCCAAUGAGGUCCCGACGCACGAGCGUGUCCCACAAUUCUCAGUUGUGGUGAAUGACGUGCCGGACAUGUAUGCGGCACUGCUUGCGGUGAUCAAAGAAGAGCAAGCGCAAGAUCUUCAGAAGGCCAAAAUCAUCGUGUUUGGCACGACCGCGAAUGGUGUCGGUCUGCUUCAUGACUUGUUCAAAGAAGCACUGCCUCACACGAAAGUCUUUGAGUUGCACAGUCGGAUGUCACAAAAUGCUCGUACUCGCAUUACAACCGAGUUCAAAGACACCGAGAAUGGCGUUCUCUUUGCUUCAGAUGUCGUCGGACGAGGCAUUGACUUCCCCAACGUCUCGUCGGUCAUCCAGGUCGGACUUCCUUCUGACAAAGACCAGUAUGUGCACCGUGUUGGGCGAACUGCUCGUGCCGGAAAAGAUGGUCGUGCAGUAGUCAUCCUCACGAAUAACGAGUCAUUCUUCCUUCACACGAACAAGGAUCUGACGAUAAAACCAUACCCGUCCGAGGCAACGAUCGCUUCACUAUCAUCUCCCUCCACUCAAGCUCACCAAGCGACCAUUGACGAAGCGAUGCAGAAGGUGCCCGUGAUCUCCAAGGAGCACGCCUACCGUGCUUUCCUCGGCUACAACAAGACCUUCAUGAAGAAGCUCCAACUCCAAGCUCCAGGUCUAGUAGAGAUGGCCAACCGCUAUGCGAAAAGUAUGGGAUGUCCAGAGCCGCCGAUGCUAGAGAAGAGAACCGUGGCAAUGAUGGGCUUGAAGGGUGUACCUGGUCUACGAAUCGGCUCAACACGUUCAGAUGGCGAUGAGGGUCCACCGAGAGGGCCUCCUAGAGGGCCACCGAGAGGGCCUCCUCGGGGUGGUCGACCCCCUCAGGGUAGACGUUGA